UCUUUCCAAUCCUGUCUCUCUUUCUAUGUCACAACAAGCCAUAGCAUAGCACCAUAACCAUAGUUCAUUCCAUACAUUUUCUCGAGAAACAAACAACAACAAGGAUCAAACAAAUACAGAGCCAUGCAUUUCUCAUAACCGUAUAUAAUCUUCACCGACCAUUACUUUUUUAUGUUUAAGAAAUGGGGACGGCGACAUCUUCCAUGGCGGCAAAGUUUGCCUUCUUCCCACCGAACCCGCCUUCUUACAACAUAGUAUCAGACGAAGAAACUAAGAAACUGAGGAUGGUCUCAUCGGAUUUGCAGAACGGAGACGAUGAUAGAGUUGAUGUGUUAAGACUUCGUACUAAGAAAGGGAAUGAGAUAAUUGCUAUGUAUGUGAAGAACCCUAAAGCUUGUUUGACUGUCUUAUACUCUCAUGGCAAUGCUGCUGAUCUUGGCCAGAUGUAUCAUAUUUUCACUGAGCUUAGUUUGCAUCUUAAUGUUAAUCUUAUGGGGUAUGAUUAUUCUGGUUAUGGACAGUCAUCGGGCAAGCCAAGUGAAGAAGACACAUAUGGUGAUAUAGAAGGUGCAUUUAAAUGCUUAAAAGAGACAUAUGGAGUAAAAGAAGAAGACAUUGUAUUAUAUGGUCAGUCUGUAGGAAGUGGACCGACUCUUGAAUUGGCUACUGGUUUGUCUCGGUUAAGAGCUGUGAUUCUUCAUAGUCCUAUUUUGUCUGGCCUUCGUGUCAUGUACCCACUUAAGAAGACUUUCUGGUUUGACAUUUACAAGAAUAUUGAUAAAAUUCCUCUGGUCAAUUGCCCUGUCCUUGUAAUUCAUGGAACAGAAGACGAAGUCGUAGAUUUUUCGCACGGGAAGCAACUAUGGGAGCUCUGCAAAGAAAAAUACGAACCAUUAUGGCUCAAAGGUGGAAACCACUGCAAUUUAGAGCUCUACCCUGAGUACUUAAGGCAUCUCAAAAAGUUCAUUUCUGCAAUUGAGAAACUGCCAAGAAAUGUACCUGCACAAGAAGACGCCAAUAAUAAGGAACAAUCAAGACCGAGCACAGAUCAUAAAGAGAAGGCCAGAACAAGUAGUGGACACAAAGAAAAAUCCAGGCUAAGCACAGACAGUAAGGAAAAAGGAAGAAGCAGUACUGACAGAAGAGAAAGAUCAAGAAAGAGCAUUGAUCGCGCAGCGAAAGCACGGAACAGUACUGAUCAGCGUGUAGAAAAAGGAAGAAACAGCUUUGAUCGGCUUGGAGAUAUGGUUAGAUCAGUUGGAUUGUGCAAUGUUGAUUGUUUGAAGCAGACAGCUUAAUCCUGAGGCUUAAAGAUUCAUGAGUUGAUUCAGUAAUUUUUGCAUACUUCUUGGUUUGGUUGAUUAAUUAGGGAGUGCUGGAUUUUACUAUUAGUUUCUUGAUACACACGUAAACAAGACAGGCUGAUCUUCUCUGUUUCAUCAAAGUUAUUUUCACAGUCAAUGAUCAUAAAACCUUCUGUUA